ACGCAUUUCUAUUGUGCAUUCAGGAGCAAUCGCCGCCGCGCUUUAGAAAACAUGGCAGCUCAGAUGACAAGCACGAAAGUACCGGAGGUGCGUGAUCUCACCAGGAUAGAGAGAAUCGGUGCACACUCACACAUUCGAGGCCUUGGCUUGGACGAUGCUUUGGAACCACGACAGGUGUCUCAGGGUAUGGUGGGGCAGCUGGCGGCUCGGCGGGCGGCUGGUCUGAUAUUGGAGAUGAUUAAAGACGGGCACAUCGCUGGACGUGCAGUGCUUAUCGCUGGCCAGCCUGGGACGGGCAAAACCGCCAUCGCUAUGGGUAUCGCUCAGUCACUUGGUCAGGACACACCAUUCACUGCUCUGGCAGGAAGUGAGAUCUUCUCUCUGGAGAUGAGCAAGACCGAGGCCCUGAGCCAGGCCUUCCGCAAAGCUAUCGGAGUCCGAAUCAAAGAAGAGACGGAGAUCAUUGAGGGAGAAGUGGUGGAGAUUCAGAUCGACCGGCCUGCAACAGGAACGGGUGCGAAAGUGGGCAAGCUGACCCUGAAGACUACAGAGAUGGAGACUAUCUAUGAUCUGGGCAAUAAAAUGAUCGAAAGCCUCACUAAAGAGAAAGUCCAGGCUGGGGAUGUGAUCACAAUUGACAAGGCCACGGGGAAGAUCUGCAAACUGGGCCGGUCUUUCACCAGAGCUCGAGAUUACGAUGCUAUGGGAGCGCAGACGCAGUUUGUUCAGUGUCCAGAGGGGGAGCUGCAGAAGCGUAAAGAGGUCGUACAUACAGUCUCGCUGCACGAGAUCGACGUGAUUAACAGCCGCACACAGGGCUUUCUGGCACUGUUCUCAGGAGACACGGGAGAGAUUAAAUCGGAGGUACGUGAGCAGAUCAAUGCCAAAGUUUCCGAGUGGAGAGAAGAGGGGAAGGCAGAGAUCAUUCCUGGGGUCCUCUUUAUAGAUGAAGUCCACAUGUUGGACAUCGAGUGUUUCUCAUUCCUAAACCGAGCCUUAGAGAGCGAUCUCUCCCCCGUCCUCAUCAUGGCCACCAACAGAGGCAUUACCAGAAUCCGAGGCACCAACUACCAGAGUCCUCAUGGCAUUCCUAUAGACAUGCUGGACCGACUGCUGAUCAUCGCCACGUCCCCAUACACUGAGAAAGAGACCAGGCAGAUCCUCAAGAUUCGGUGUGAGGAAGAGGAUGUGGAGUUGAGUGAGGAAGCUCACACAGUGCUGACACGUAUCGGACAGGAGACGUCGCUCCGCUAUGCCAUUCAGCUCAUCAGCACUGCAGGCCUGGUGUGCCGCAAACGCAGGGGUACCGAGGUCCAGGUGGAGGACAUUAAACGUGUCUUCUCUCUCUUCCUGGAUGAAGCACGCUCCUCACAGUACAUGAAGAAGUACCAGGACUCCUUCCUCUUCAAUGAAACAUCAUCAAGUCAGAUGGACACGUCUUGAGGAAAGGCUUCUUUAUGAUGCACUCCUGUGAUGCGAUGUCCUUCACUCUUGUGGCCGGAAUGCACUGAUGGCUGUGAAGCGCUUUUACUCUUUCUGUGACGUUUUGGAGUUUAUAUGCAUGUUAGGUUUUUUUUUUUGAUGAAAUAACAAAUCCUUACUGUUUGUCAUGUCAGUGUUUUGUUUGUUUGGCAUUACAAGUGAGAUUUGUGUUACUUAUGGUAUUAUUUUUCCAUUAAAAAAAAAAUUAAAGAUGGUCUUAAACAACA